UGUGUUGUCUGUGAGGAUGGUGACAUGAGGACGUUUGGGAUUAUCCAUCCACUGUGUGCCUCACUGUUUUUGUUGAUCCUCAUUAAGAAGUGUGCUUUGGGGGAGUGCUUAAUGGCCUGGGUGUGAUGGGUUAUGAGUAGCUUUUAUUGACUGGACUCCUUUGCGCUUUCCUGUACUCGUACAUCUCCUAUAGUGAGCGUUUAUAAGAUUCCAUCUUUUAAAUUACACAGGAUAAGAAUUCAGUGGAUCCCUGGUGAGGCCGCUCACAAGCACUUAGCUAGCCCAGAGGCUGGCAUUUGGAGCCCACCAGAACCUGCGCAAGGAAAGAGCUGGUGAUUUGCGCCCAGAAAGAUGGCUGUGGUUUGGGGCCCACAGAGCAAAACACCGCCUGCUCCUCCGCCAUCCUCACAACUGUGGACGUUGGAGCCCAGGUCGCAGCCAGACCAUCUGUUGAGAACACGUCCAGCCAGAAUAUGAGAGACAAAGUCUCAGCAGCUGUACGCCUUCCAACGCAGGCUGAUUUGUUCUUCGGGCAGUCCACGGCGUACUCAGUAUCCCCCUACCACCGCAAUUCACCCGCAUUGCUGCCUCUCCAGUCUUCCGUGUGGAGUGCUGGAAAACACCGUGGCUUUCGGCUUUGGGGCCCCUUAGUCCUCAGACUGACAUCUUUGCUCUUUCACUGUUCCAGGAGGCCUUUUGCAGCAAAUCGGCCCAGUGCGAUAAGUGGUUUGAUUUCUUGGCUGCUGCCUCCAUGAGUGUUGAUGAUCAUCUGGGCGACCUGACGGGGCGGCCUGCACCACUGUCCCCCAGGGCUGCUGGGAGUCGGAAUCCUCUCGAGGGCACCCAACAGGGCUGGAGCAGGCCGGCGAGCACUGGUUAAAGGGCAACAUGCUGUGCAAGGGCUGAGAGUCUUUCCGAAGGGAAGCCGAGCUCCCAGUGCACAGAGGCAUGGGUCUGUGUGUGGCACAGAUGCCAGGCUCCGAGCUCCCAAGAAGCUGUGCAACGCUGGGGUUGGUCUGUCUCCUUGGUACAGUGAGCAGCUUCCACAUCCGGGAUUGGCUUACACAUCUCCUGGGACAGAAUGUCUUUCCUGUUCCUUCCACACCCCAUCCAUCCUGGCAGGCUUCCUGGCACAGUUGUUGCCAACGGAGCCUUGUCCCAGCUGCCAUUAAUCCAUGCUGGGCUCGCCCUCUUCUCUCCAAGGCCAGAGCCCAGCUCCUAAUCCCACGUGGCCUCAUACUUCUCCUCUCUGCUCACUUGCUCCUCUGGCCAGAACAAAAGCUCUUUGAGAAUAAGAACUCCAUUUUAAAAAUAUUGCUUUAUAUACUUUCCACCUCUCCGUAGACUGUACCCCCACAUGAAUCAGAAGGAUCAGUCCAUAUUAAAGUGCAUUUUGAACUAAAAGUGCUCAAAAGCAAUCCAAACAACACCCCGAGUGUGGAUUGUUUUCUCUCUUGAAUCAAGCCCCAGCUGUAAUUCUUCCCCACUUGGAAGGUCUCGGUUCCUGCUCUGAUGCAUCGCUUCUUUGGGCCAUGACUGGGCACUGGGAGAGUGACCGUGCCUUGUUCUUCAGCCCCCAGGUCUCCCUCGAUGUCCAAGUUCCCUUCCUCCCUGAGGACCAUCCAUGGAAACCUUGGCCAUGGCAUCGCCCUCAGAGCCCGUGACCUUCCGAGAGUUCUGCCCUCUGUAUUAUCUCCUCAAUGCCAUUCCCACAAAGAUCCAGAAGGGCUUCCGCUCCAUCGUGGUCUACCUCACGGCCCUCGACACCAACGGGGACUACAUCGCAGUGGGCAGCAGCAUCGGCAUGCUCUACCUGUACUGCAGGCACGUCAACCAGAUGCGGAAGUACAACUUCGAGGGGAAGACGGAGUCCAUCACGGUGGUGAAGCUGCUGAGCUGCUUCGAUGACCUGGUGGCGGCAGGCACGGCCUCAGGCAGGGUGGCAGUGUUUCAGCUCGUGUCCUCCUUGCCAGGGAGAAAUAAGCAGCUCCGGAGAUUUGACGUCGCCAGCAUUCACAAAAGCAGCAUCACAGCCCUGGCUUGGAGCCCCAAUGGAAUGAAGUUGUUCUCUGGAGAUGACAGAGGGAAGAUCGUCUAUUCGGCUCUGGAUCUAGACCAGGGCGUCUGCGACUCCCAGUUGGUGCUGGAGGAGCCCUCGUCCAUCGUGCAGCUCGACUACAGCCAGAAGGUGCUGCUCGUCUCCACGCUGCAGAGAAGCCUGCUCUUCUACACCGAAGAGAAGGCUGUCAAGCAGAUCGGGGCCCAGCCAAGGAAGACGGCUGGGAAGUUUGGGGCUUGUUUUAUACCCGGACUCUGCAAGCAAAGCGACCUGACGCUCUAUGCCUCGAGGCCCGGCCUACGGCUGUGGAAGGCCGAUGUCCAGGGCACUGUCCAGGCCACGUUCAUCCUGAAAGAUGUUUUUGCUGGGGGCGUCAAUCCUUUCGAGCUGUACCCUCGCCUGGAGCCCGCUGACCAGGGCGGCUGCAGUGCGCCUGAGAAGCACCUGGGGCUGGUCUCCUGCUUCUUUCGAGAAGGCUGGGUGUUGAGCUGGAAUGAAUAUAGCAUCUAUCUUCUGGACACCAUCAACCAGGUCACAAUUGCCGGUUUGGAAGGGGCUGGCGAUAUCGUGUCUGUUUCCUGCACGGCAAAUGAGAUCUUCCUUUUAAAGGGAGACAGGAACAUCAUCCGGAUCUCCAGCAGGCCCGAAGGCUCUGCGUCUGGAGGUCUGGAAAUACCAGCGUGUGCCGAGCGAGUCCAUGCGGAGCUCUUGGAGAAGCCGCCGGGGGCCCCCGGCUCUGAGGUGCGGCGCCGAGGCUGCUCAGUGGCCAGCUCUGUGGCCAGCGAGCCCCGGAGCCGGAGCAGCUCGCUCAACUCCACGGAUAGUGGCUCCGGGCUCCUGCUGCCUCCCGGCCCCCACCCCGCCCCCGAGCCUAGGCCGGGCAGCCAGCCCCCCUCACAGAGAUUCAGCCUCAUCAGCUCGGAAGACUUUGACCAGGAGCUUGUGGUGAAGCCCAUCAAGGUGAAGAAGAGGAAGAAGAGGAGGAAGCCAGAAAGUGGGAGCAGCAGCACCCACCACAGCUCCCUGGAGUCGACACCCUGCUGCGAGUUUCCCGGUGGGAGCCCCCCGUCGCUAACCUCGGACUUGCUGUCUGUCACCUCCAGUGUCCUAGGCAGCAAUGUGGACCUACUGAGCGCAGCGUCCCCCGACCCAGAGAGCAGCCUCUGGGGCGGGCUGAGCAGCGGCCUGCCAGCGAGCAACAGCUCAGAGACGUUUGGUGUGCUGGAGGCCCCUGGGGCCACCCCCGACGCCCUGGGAAAGGAGGCCAAGGACAGAACGGAAGUCCCACAGUGUGACCCUGCGGGAGGCGAGGACCUGCUGCAAGGAGGGUGUGGUGCCCCCCUGCUCCUGGGGGACGAUGUGGACACAGAGCCCGGAGAGGAGCGAGGUCCUACAGAGGUCAGGCCCAGCCUCAAGCAGCCACCCUUCCAAGAGCAGGACAGCUCAGCCCGAUCACACGAGACGGGGGACGUGGAGCCCAGUGGCCCCCCGAGCAUGCCUUCUGAAGACCCCCUUCUGGACCCUCUCGCUUUGCCAUCCAGCCUUUGUGUGACCUCAGGAGCAGAGCUGCUGCUGCCUGACCCGAGGGCCAACUGGGGCCCCUCCACGGAGCCCAACUGGGAGCAGCGCUUCUUCCCGGGCCCGAGUCCCUGGCUUGACGGUCCUGGGGAUGACACAAGUCGGAGCCAGGUGGCCAGUUUGCAGUGUGACUGGGGGAGCAGGGGAGGAGAGCUGGAGCCCGCAGUCUCAGCUGCAGCCACCAGUGUCCACGGGCCUGCGCUCCGGCAGCCAUCACGAGAGCAAGUGUCCUCGUCCAGUGACGAGGAGGACAUCUAUGCCCACGGGCUUCCCUCGCCGUCCUCGGAGGCUGGCGCAGCAGAGCUCGGAGGCAGCCGCUCACUGCUGGAUCUGGGCCGGCCAGCUGCAGACACUGCCGGGCUGCUGAAGGCUGAUCAGUUUGCAGAGAGCUGGAUGGGCUACUCGGGCCCCGGCUACGGCAUCCUCAGCCUGGCCGUCUCGGAGAAGUACCUCUGGUGCCUGGACUACAGAGGUGGCCUGUUCUGCAGUGCCCUGCCUGGCGCCGGGCUGCGGUGGCAGAAGUUUGAGGACGCCGUCCAGCAGGUGGCGGUCUCACCCUCAGGAGCCCUUCUCUGGAAGAUCGAGCAGAAGUCCAACCGCGCGUUUGCCUGUGGGAAAGUGACCAUCAAGGGGAAGCGGCACUGGUACGAAGCCCUGCCGCAGACGGUGUUUGUGGCGCUGAGCGAAGACACGGCCUGGGCCGUCAGGACGAACGGAGACCUCUACCUGCAGACAGGCCUCAGCGUGGACCGACCCUGUGCCAGAGCCAUGAAGGUCGACUGCCCGUACCCGCUGUCCCAGAUCACGGCCCGCAGCAGCGUGGUGUGGGCCCUGACGGAGCAGCGGUCUCUGCUCUACCGAGAGGGCGUGAGCAGCUUCUGCCCUGAGGGCGAGCAGUGGAAGUGUGACAUCAUCAGUGAGAGGCAGGCGUUGGAGCCUGUGUGCAUCGCCCUCGGGGACCAGCAGACACUCUGGGCCCUGGAUACCCACGGAAACCUGUGGUUCCGAACUGGCGUGGUUCCCAAGAAGCCACAGGGGGAUGACAACCAUUGGUGGCAAGUGAGCAUCACAGACUACGUGGUGUUUGACCAGGGCAGCCUGUUCCAGACCAUCGUCCAUGCCACGCACUCAGUAGCCACCGCGGCACAGGCCCCCGUCGAGAAGGUGGCCGAUAAGUUGCGCAUGGCGUUCUGGUCUCAGCAGCUCCAGUGCCAGCCCAGCCUCCUGGGCAUCAACGCCUGCGGCGUCUGGCUGUCCUCGGGCCGCAACGAGCUCCACGUCGCCAAAGGCAGCCUCGUCGGCACUUACUGGAGUAACGUCGUUCCCCGAGGGACCGCUUCUGCCACCAAAUGGGCCUUUGUGCUGGCCUCUGCAGCUCCCUCGAAAGAAGGAAGCUCCCUGUGGCUGUGCCAAAGCAGUGAGGACCUGUGCCGAGCCAGCACCCAGAGCGCCCAGGCCCGGCCCUGCACUGUGCAGCUCCCCCCCGAGGCUGAGAUGAAGGCCUAUGCCGCCUGCCAGGACGCACUGUGGGCACUGGACAGCCUCGGGCAAGUGUUCAUCAGGACGCUGUCCCGGAGCUGCCCCACAGGGAUGCACUGGACUCGGCUGGACCUGUCCCAGCUAGGAGCUGUGAAGCUGACCAGCUUGGCCUGUGGAAAUCAGCACAUCUGGGCCUGUGACUCCAGGGGGCACGUUUACUUUCGCGUCGGAACCCAGCCUCUUAACCCCAGUCUGAUGCUUCCUGCCUGGAUAGCUAUUGAGCCACCUGCCCAGCCCGCUGGGGUCAUCUUGGUCAGCAUCCACUGCAGCCCCAAUGACCAGAUGCUCUGGGCAGUCGACAGCAAGUGGAACGUGCACGUCCGCGUGGGCAUCACCGAGGAGAUGCCAGUGGGGACUGACUGGGAGCAUGUGCCAGGACUACAAGCCUGUCAGCUGGCACUGAGCUCGAGGACUGUGUGGGCCCGCUGCCCCAAUGGCGACCUUGCCCGGCGCUACGGAGUCACUGACAAGAACCCAGCUGGAGACUACUGGAAGAAAGUUCCUGGGAGCGCGGCGUGUGUCACAGUGACUGCUGCGGACGAGCUGUGGGCGAUUGGUCCACCAGGCUGUCUCCUCCAGCGGCUGACAAAGACCUUCAGCCACUCACACGGCUCCCAGAAGGGCAGCCUGGCCACCACCACACCCCACCCUGAGGACUUCGAGGAUGAGUGGGAGGUCAUCUGAAGGGACCUUGGGCCCAAGCCCUCACAAGAGGAGCCAGGCUUAGGGGACAGGCCUCAGCCCCCUCGUGCAGCCAGGUUGGCCUGCCCUGCUUCCCGUCCUACUUCGUCUCCAUCUUGUCCAGAACGCUCGCCUCGCUCUUGUCCAGAACGAGUGACCCUGCCCCAGGGCUGCUUCCUGAGUGCAUGACAGCACCUUGCAGUCCAGUCCCUGUCAUUGUGGAAGGCCCAGGCUCCCAAGGGAGCAGGUGGGGAGGAGGGGCUUACUGCCCCUACUGGCCGCUGUCAGUCCCAAGGCCUUGUGGGAGUGGGGUGAGGUGCUCAGCACCGUGCGAUGCUCAUCCCAGGUGGUCCAUCUCCACUGGAAUGAGACACAAGUUCUGGUACAUUCCACGAUGCUAGACUUCCACAUGGUGGCUUGGGCUGCUCGUGGAUGGAGAACACACCACAUGGCACAAGGCAGAGCCAGGCCGCCACCUGCAGCCCGUGCUCCAAAGUGGCAGUCACAACCAUGGGAUGCAGAUGGGGGCGUGUGGGCGCGCAUUGCUGGGAGCUACGCUCGCUCCUGCCUUGGCUCUUCCAAGGGACCGCUCCAUGGUGGCGGCACUGUCAGGGGACGGCACUACUGAUUGCCUUUGUCUGUUACAUUACAAACCCAUCUGAGAUACCUCAUCUGAACCCUGCUCUGCCUGGUCUGCACGUGGCUUUUCUGGUAUUGGGGGUCCUCUCCCACAGCCUGGGCAGCCAGGGGCUCUAGGGCUAGCAGGCUCUCCAGAGAUGGCCAGCACCUUCAGUUCAGCCAACACCCUGCAAUUUCUAUGAGGGACCUACUGUAGUCAUGUCAGGAUACUGGCCCUGAGGUCAGCCUUCAGGGCCCACCUGUCAUUGGCAUGGGAGUCCAGUGCCACCACAGCCCCUGCCCCUCAGCACUUGUGUGUCUACAAGAGCCGCAAGACAAAGGGUCUCAGGGCCAGCAGCCAGCGGGGAGGCGGGAGGGAGCUUGGCAGGCUGUGCAGGCUAGGACACUUCCAGGUGUCACUGAGCCCCGAGCUCGGACCACAGUGCAAUCCCACUCCCCUGCGUACACUUAUUGUUCAGGUUGUAACUCUUAGCUGUGAGACAGUGCAAUAAAGGGACUUUUCCAA